AUGCCUCCAGUAUCUGCCUCCAAAGCCAAGAGAGACGCUAAGAAAGCUGAAAGAGAAGCUAAGAAAGCUGCUCAAGGUAAAACUGUCAAAAGACUAGGUAAAAAAAAGGAAUCUAAAGAAGAAGAAGAUGAAGCUGAAGUCGCUGCCAAAGAAAUCGCUAAGAUGAAAUUACAAAUGGAUGAGGAUGGUAUUUCUGAUCGUGUUACCACCGGUGUUUUAGCUUCCUUGGAAACAUCUAGAGAUAUUAAGUUAACUUCUGUUUCCUUAUUAUUCCACGGUAAAGUAUUAAUUCAAGAUUCUACUUUAGAAUUGAAUUAUGGUCGUCACUAUGGUUUAUUAGGUGAAAACGGUUGUGGUAAAUCUACAUUUUUGAAAGCUAUUGCCAAUAGAGAAUAUCCUAUUCCAGAAAACAUCGAUAUUUAUUUGUUAGAUGAACCAGCUGAACCAAGUGAAUAUUCUGCCUUGGAAUAUGUCGUUAGAGAAGCUCAAAAUGAAUUACAAAGAUUGGAAGAUUUAGCUGAAAAGAUCGUCUUGGAAGAAGGUCCUGAAUCUGAAUUAUUGGAUCCAUUAUAUGAAAGAAUGGAUUCUUUAGAUCCCGAUACUUUUGAAAGUAGAGCUGCUGUUAUCUUAAUUGGUUUAGGUUUCAAUUCUACUACUAUUUUGAAGAAGACUAAAGAUAUGUCUGGUGGUUGGAAGAUGCGUGUUGCUCUUGCCAAGGCCUUAUUUGUGAAACCAACGUUAUUAUUGCUGGAUGACCCAACUGCUCAUUUAGAUUUAGAAGCCUGUGUUUGGUUAGAAGAAUACUUGAAGAGAUUCGACCGUACUUUGGUGUUGGUUUCUCACUCUCAAGAUUUCUUGAAUGGUGUCUGUACAAAUAUGUUGGAUAUGAGAUUACAAAAAUUGACUCAAUAUGGUGGUAACUACGAUUCUUAUAUCAAGACUAGAACCGAAUUGGAAACCAAUCAAAUGAAGCAAUAUAACAAACAACAAGAAGAAAUUGCCCAUAUCAAGAAGUUUAUUGCAUCUGCCGGUACAUAUGCUAACUUGGUCAAGCAAGCCAAAUCCAGACAAAAGAUUUUGGAUAAGAUGGAGGCUGAUGGGUUGAUUCAACCAGUCGUUCAAGAUCGUGUCUUUUCCUUCAGAUUCCCACAAGUUGAUAGAUUACCACCACCAGUUUUAGCUUUUGAUGAUAUUUCAUUUUCUUAUGAUGGUAAACCUGAAAAUAACUUAUAUGAACAUUUGAACUUCGGUGUUGAUAUGGAUUCUCGUAUUGCAUUAGUUGGUCCUAAUGGUGUUGGUAAAUCCACAUUAUUAAAGAUCAUGACUGGUGAAUUGAUGUCCCAAUCUGGUCGUGUAUCUAGACAUACACACGUGAAAUUGGGUGUUUAUUCUCAACAUUCUCAAGAUCAAUUGGAUUUAACCAAGAGUGCAUUAGAAUUUGUUAGAGAUAAGUAUUCUAAUAUAUCGCAAGAUUUCCAAUACUGGAGAGGUCAAUUAGGUCGGUAUGGUUUGACUGGUGAAGCUCAAACUGUCUUGAUGGGUACACUAUCCGAAGGUCAACGGUCUCGUGUUGUUUUUGCAUUAUUGGCUUUAGAACAACCAAAUGUCUUAUUACUGGAUGAACCUACCAAUGGUUUAGAUAUUCCUACUAUUGAUUCUUUAGCAGACGCUAUCAAUGAAUUCAAUGGUGGUGUUGUUGUUGUUUCACACGAUUUCAGAUUAUUAGAUAAGAUUGCUAAGGAUAUCUUUGUGGUAGAACAUAAGACUGCUACUAGAUGGGAUGGUUCUAUCUUGGAAUAUAAGAGUAAGCUUGCCAAGAAUGUUGUUUUGUAG